GUUUCUCCUGAGUCCGCCACACUCAACUGUAUUUCUAUAUAAUUUCUACCCUCUAGACGUCUGCAUCAUGGACAAUGCAUCCAGCUCGUCGUCUUCAGCCCCAGCUGUCGACAAGAAAAAGCCUGUGGUCAUCAUCACCAUUGGCAUGGCCGGUGCGGGCAAAUCGACCUUCGUCCAGAGGAUCAACUCGUACCUUCACUCCCAAGAACCACCCUCUCCUCCAUACGUUCUGAAUCUGGACCCAGCCGUCACGAGCACCAACUUUGAGCCCAAUAUUGAUAUCAGAGAUACCGUUGAUUAUCAGGAGGUCAUGAAGCAGUAUAACCUCGGACCUAACGGCGGUAUUUUGACCGCAUUGAACCUUUUCACGACAAAAUUUGACCAGGUGCUCGAGCUGGUGGAGAAGAGGGCGGAGACUGUCGAUUAUGUUAUCUUGGAUACGCCUGGUCAAAUAGAGAUCUUUACCUGGUCUGCAUCUGGUGCUAUCAUUACGGAUGCUGUGGCCUCGUCUUUACCCACCGUUGUGGCGUAUAUCAUCGACACUCCCCGUACAACCGCUCCCGCCACCUUCAUGUCGAAUAUGUUGUACGCUUGCAGUAUCCUCUACAAAACCAAACUCCCGUUCAUCCUCGUCUUCAACAAGACCGACGUUCAACCACACGACUUUGCGCUAGAAUGGAUGCAAGAUUUCGAAGCGUUCCAGGCGGCGCUGGCCUCCCAUCAAGGGACGACGGACGACGAAGGGGAGCCUACGUACAUGAAUAGCCUGAUGAACAGUAUGAGUCUGGUUCUAGACGAAUUUUACAAGCACCUGAAGGCCGUAGGUGUGUCUAGCAUGACUGGAGACGGCGUAAAGGAGUUCUUCGACGCUGUAGAAGCUUCUAGAGGAGAAUACGAGAGGGAAUAUCUCCCGGAACUAACGCGCGCAAAAGCUCAGCGUGACGAGACACUGAAGCAGAAGCAAGACGAGUCGAUGAGCCGUGUGAUGAAGGAUCUUGCCGUUGACCGUGAACGUAACCCGGCUGCCGCUGCUGCAGACCGGUGGGAUCCUGAAGAGGAGGAAGAGGAAGACGAGGGAGAUGACAUUGAUAUCAUUGAUCGAAGUGAAGAGCCGUGGCCUGGCCAGUACAUAGACCUAACUCAGUCUCGACGAAGAGAGGACGAGGGGAUGUCGUGGCCGAGGCCCACAUAGUACAUUGACACUGUACCAGCAAGACGCAGCGUGUAACUUUAACAUCCCCUGUACAACGCGAUAGAAGCGAGCGGAGUAUACUCGUAUACUCCAACACGACGAUAUCAGGCUUGCGUCAUGGUGGUUACUAUGCGAUGGUGGCUUGACCAGCAUGAUGAGAAUAUCC